ACCGUCUAUCUUCCGCCUCACAUCCAAGCCAAGGAGUCAAAACUGCACCAGGUUUCCACACUCGGGAACUCGCUCCUGUUUUCCGCCACAGAAAGUCGAGCCGACGCUGCUCUAAAAGAUUUCCAAAUGAGUGACGGGGAGUGUGACUUCUUUUGCUUCUUCCGCUGCUGCUGAGCGCACUCUGUUGCGCUUCAGGCAGACAGGAAGGAAGUGGGGUCUCUUAGCACUGACUCCAGGUGGAAAGCAAGAGGUGGCGCUUCGGUCAAGCCAUUUCGGCUUCGGCUGGACCACUUGAAUCCGACAGGUAGGCGGUUUUGUCUACCUGAGCGGGGGGUUGACUUCAGUCGACUAGAUGUCUGUGGACAUGAACAGCCAGGCAUCUGACAGCAACGAGGAGGACUUUGGGGUGAACUCAGAAGAGGACGAGGAUGACGACGAUGGGGGAGAAGAGGAGGAUCAAUCUGCCUAUUACGACGGCGUGGCCGGUGACGUGGAGCAACAGGGUGCCGAUUCCUUUGACCCAGAGGAGUACCAUUUCACAUGUCUGUCAUACAAAGAGAGUCAGUGUGUGCUGACGGACGAAGUAAACACUGUUGCUGCUGCUUUAAAGGUUUCACCAUCAGUAGCAAAACUGACCCUGGUGCAUUUUCACUGGCAGAUUUCUCAAGUACUGGACAGAUGUAAGUCCAACUCCUCUCUGCUUUUGUCAGAAGCUCUGGUCCAGCCCAGCAGCACAUGCAGAUUAGUCACUGCCCCUCAGUCCCUCCAGUGUGGUGUGUGUCUACAGGUUGUACGGAGAGACUCCCUCCUUGCACUGCCUUGUCAGCACUCCUUCUGCAAAGCAUGCUGGGAGCAGCACUGCACUGUACUGGUCAAAGAUGGUAUUGGAGUGGGUAUCUCGUGCAUGGCUCAGGACUGUUCCCUGUGCAUGCCAGAAGACUUUGUCCUUCCAUUGCUGCCCGGGGAGGAGCUAAAGGACAAAUACAGACGCUAUCUCUUCAGAGAUUAUGUCGAGAGUCACUUCCAGCUGCAGUUGUGUCCAGGUGCAGACUGUCCUAUGGUUAUCAAGGUGCAGGAGCCUCGGGCACGCAGAGUUCAGUGUAGCCGCUGCAAUGAAGUAUUUUGUUUCAAAUGUCGUCAGAUGUACCACGCACCCACAGAUUGCGCAACAAUUCGAAAAUGGCUGACCAAAUGUGCAGACGACUCAGAGACUGCAAACUACAUCAGUGCACACACUAAAGAUUGUCCAAAGUGCAAUAUCUGCAUUGAAAAGAAUGGAGGGUGCAAUCACAUGCAAUGCUCCAAGUGCAAACACGACUUCUGCUGGAUGUGUCUUGGAGACUGGAAGACUCAUGGCAGUGAAUACUACGAGUGCAGCCGCUACAAAGAAAACCCUGAUAUAGUCAACCAGAGCCAGCAAGCUCAGGCCAGAGAGGCUCUUAAAAAAUACCUCUUCUACUUUGAAAGGUGGGAGAAUCAUAACAAGUCUCUACAGUUGGAGGCUCAAACGUAUCAGAGAAUCCAGGAGAAGAUCCAGGAGCGAGUAAUGAACAAUCUGGGCACCUGGAUCGACUGGCAGUACCUGCAUAACGCUGCAAAGCUACUGGCUAAGUGUCGCUACACACUGCAGUACACCUACCCUUAUGCCUAUUACAUGGAGUCAGGCCCACGCAAGAAACUGUUUGAAUACCAACAGGCCCAGCUGGAAGCAGAGAUAGAAAACCUGUCGUGGAAGGUGGAGCGGGCUGACAGCUACGAGAGAGGUGUUGUGGGAGGCGAGGGCGAGCUCAGCGCCAGUGACAGAGGGGAUCUGGAGAAUCAGAUGCACAUUGCCGAGCAGAGACGGCGUACGCUGCUGAAGGAUUUCCACGACACCUGAGGCUCCAAACGCGGCUGCAAAGCACCAGCAUCUCCCUCCGUACUUUCUUCCUGGCCUCUUACGCUUCCUUCCAUGUUCAUCUGUUGUUGCAGUCACACUGACCCCUCCUUUUGCUUCUCUUCACAUGCUCGUUUGCUUCCAUUGUUCUGUUUUUUUCCCCUCUUCUCUCACUACCACAACGCUGCAGGGUCACAGAAUGUCACAACUAAAUCACCUCCACCCCUCUCAUGAUUUCAUUUCUACUUCAUUUACAGGUUUCUGCAUCUGAACGUCACAUUCACAGUGGUUACACUUGUUUCAGCUCCACAUAUCUGAUCGUGUGGGUCAAUGUUUGAUGUCUAAAUGCUGAAAACAGUAGAUAUUAUCUAAAGCUAGUGAUGAAAUGGUGGAAUCAGUUUGAGAGAAAAGCAGCCAGGGUGUGAAAUUGUUCAGGAUAAAGAAGCUUGUGCUAUCAGGUGGAUGAGUAAGAUGUGUGAGGAGUUUGCACAUUUUUUCUUGAAGGUGCAGAUAAUGGAUUGCCACAGACGUAACAUAGUUCUUGUUUACAUUAACUCUCGCAGCCCAUUACAUGUUCCAGCUAGUAGAAAGUGAUGCCACUGGUUUUGUCCUGUUUUCAGCCAGAUUGGAUAUCUGUUAGCCUAAUAAUCAACAAAGCAUAAGCUAAUUUGAUACGAUUGCUGUGUAAAAUACUGACAUGAUAAUUCUGUAUACUUAGUAAAAUACUUAACGUGGAGGUAAUACGAAAUUUGGAUUUCAAGAGUAAAAAAAAUGAUACAUUUGUUGAUAAAUGGUUUCUAUUUUUAGACUUUUCAUCAGGGUUUCAUAAUGACUUCUCCCUUUUUGGUGUUACACCUGAAUGGCAGGUGCUUCUGCCGUUCUGCUUUUGAAAAUGGUUCAGAAUGUCAAGAUAAAACUACCUAAUUAGUCCCAUUAUUGUGUUUUUAUUGAUAUUAUUGCUUUAUUUUUGUAGCCAAAUGUAUAUCCAAGCAAACUGGACACCUCUGUUAAAAUCUAGCGUUGGCUCCUCCACUGGUCAGAUAAAGUUGUUUUAACUCUGCAAGUGUAAUUCACUACAGCACCUCCCACCGACGGCAUGCAGACACCAACACACACAUACGCAAAACACUCCUCGUUCACCGUUAAUCUGUCUCCUUCCCACAUCUCAUGCACUCUUUUCUUCAGUCAUCUCAUUUUUUCUUUUUCUUUUUUAUUUUCGUCUCCUUGUUCUUGUUUUUUCUCCUUCAGCUCAUUUUGCUCACCUCUGUUUUGGAAAAUGGCUGUUGAUCAUUUAAAAAAAAUUGAAAAGGAAAAAAAAAUUGCUGUAAUUUUCAACGGUUGUACAUUAAUAAAGAAAUAGAGUUACUGAAAGUUUUUAAAACCAGA